UUUUAAAGGAUUUAAGAAGAUUUGAAAAGAUUUCUUUAGUUAAAAAUAUAGAAAUCCAAAUCUCAUGGUUUUAGAUGGAAUUUGAAAAGAUUUUACAAUAAAUUACAUCAACUUCCCUAAAAUCAUUAAAAUCAUAUAAAACCCCAGUAAAACUCAAAUCAUUCUUUGUCCAAUACACCCUCCUAAUUUCGUUUUGUUUAUGAAUACUUUAAUUUGAUUGAAAAGUAACUUUUGGUUACAAAGAACGAAGAAGAAAACAUUUGAUUUUAAAAAAUAAAAUAAAAAUACAAAAUAAUGGAUUUCACCAAAACAAUAUACAAAAUAACGGUAAUAAAAGAGUUCCAAACAAUCUAAUACUGUACUGAUGAGAUUUACCCAUAAUACUGUUAUUCUUUUGAUUUUAAAAGAUUUAUUUUCUAAAUUUAAGAUAAUAACACUUUAAAAGUAAUUUGCCACUGAAACUUGUUAUUUGGUUCAGCCGCUUACGCCCUUCCUGGCUAUGAUGUUGUCUCCCACUUUGACGAGCCAUUGCAGCAGGCUAAAAUGUGUAUCCCUACACAUUUCUAAACUGAAACAUCUUGAGGACGCUUUGUUUCCAGCUUGUGGGGCAUUAAAUCGAGUUGAAUUGAGUGGUUCUUCUAGUGGGAUGAAAGCAGACAAUAUUGACACAGCCUCCUCUUCUCUUCCUCAAGUCGAACUUGAUUUCAGGGAGUGCUUCAACUUGGAUCCAGAAACUGUCCUUCACCAAGAAUCAAUUAUAUUCAAGUACAUGUUAUUUCCAGGGAAAGAAGAAGUGCCAUCAUAUUUCACUUACCGUACUACUGGAGUCUCCUCUCUGACCAUUCCUCUACUUCACCUCCCUCUCUCCCAACCAUUCUUCAGAUUUAGGGUUGGCGCAUUGGUAACUAAUGUUAAGCAUGGAAAAAAUAUAAAGGUAAAAUGUGAGUUCAAAGACAGAUUUGGGAACAGCUUUCAUGUUGGCUCGGAUGAUUUCUACGUUUAUCUACUUUUCACGAAAAGUCAGAAGGGUAGUCAAAUGUUAACUAUAUUGGACUGUUGUAUCCCUCUAAACGAAGGUAAUGCUUCUCUAGCUCAAGGGAACUACUACGAUCAUGUGGAUAUAAAUAUUCAUAUAACAGAAUCUCUUGGAUCUUUUGGAUCUACGUCUGAAUUAAAAGAAUGGGGUAUACGACUCUUAGAGGAAGACUCUUCAUCAGCAGAGAACCAACUUGGUAAUCCGAACAGUACUCUUCCACAUGUUUCUGAAGCCGAAGAAGGCAAUAUGGGGUAUUAUACACCUGUUCAAGGACUUGUUAAUGAGAUUGAACACAAUGGAGAGUCUGGAGAUAACAAUGUAGAGACUGAGAGAAGCACGAAGCAUGCGGAUAUUGAGCAAAUGGAUAGUGAUGAUGAUAUUGAAGAAUGGGGUAGACACUUAGAGGACUGUCAUCAGCGAAGAAUCGACAUGGUAAUCCAAACACUAUGCAGUAUGUUUGUGAAGCCGAUGAAGACAAUGAUGGAUGCCAUUAGACUGAUCACAACGAAGAGCGAGGAGACAGUGAUGAAUAGUGAUAUAGGCAGGGAGACUGAUCACUUUGAAGAGUGCGAAGAUAGUGAUAUAAGCAAUGAGAGUGAUCAGAGUGAAGAGCGUGGGGAUAGUGACGAUGAUGGUAUAAACAAUGAGACUGAUCUGUUCGAAGAGUGUGGAAACAGUGAUUAGGCAAUGAGCUUGAUCACAAUGAAGAGAGUUGAGACAGAGAGAACCAAUACACAAUACAAGAUUACGUAAAAAAUAAAUGAAUCUUUGAGAUACUUUUACGGUGAUGGAAUGCGUAGUUUUGCUGCCGGUUCUAUUGAACAACAAGGAGAGCCCAAGAUUCUUCAUUGUCUCCCUAGCUGGACAGACAUUUUCAGUUUGAGGAUUAUUUCUCCAUAAAUCCUUUCCUAACUUGAGCAAGGAUCACCUCAACUACGAUGUGGAGAAUUAUGAGCUCACAUCUUCACAAGAAUUUUGUAAAUAAAAUAAAGGGAGAAAGUGUCAAUAAAAUUGUUCUCAAAAAUUUGUUGUCUGAGAUUGGAUGAAAUCUGUUGUUUGAAACUCUUUUGGCUCUGGAUUCUCCUCUAGCUGAAGCCAACUAGGGUCAUGUUAAUAUAAUUCAUAUUAAAAGGAUUUGGUAUAAGAAAUGACAUCGGAUAACUUCAUUUACAGAGGUUUUGUACAAGAAAAUAUAUCUAUAUAUAUCAAAAUUUUCAAAUUUGCUUCCAAUCUGAUUAAGCCUAUCGCUAUGCAUG